AUGACCGAGCGGUACCUGUCCGUCCCGAGGGGUCCGGUAUGUACAAGGAAGCCUCGUGAGACUCUUCAGAAUUCAACACUUGUGGGAGUUUCAGACGCAUGUGUCCCAGCCCUGUGCUCUAAAUCCUCUAAACCCAACAUCACUACAGGAUACAACAGGGACAUAGCGUUUGGAGGAUGGAUUCACAGGGCUGCGGGGGACAUGGGCACUCAACACUCCUGGAAAUGUCAAAUGACAGAGUCUUCCAGAGACUGCAGCGCUGGAAAAGAUGGAAGGUGUGUGUGCAACAUCGACUGUUCCCACAUCAGUUUCAAUCCAGUUUGUGCUUCCGAUGGGAAAUCUUAUGAUAAUCCUUGUCAAAUCAAAGAGGCAUCAUGCCAGAAGCAGGAGAAAAUUGAAGUCAAGUAUUUGGGGCGAUGUCAAGAAAAUAUAACAGCAACUACAAAAUCAGAGGACAGUCAUUAUGCAAGAACAGACUAUGCAGAGAAUGCAAACAAAUUAGAAGAAACUGCAAGAGGAGUGCAUAUUUCCUGUUCUGAUGUUUAUGACGGCUACUGUAAACACGGCAAAUGUGAACAUUCUACUAACAUGUUGGAACCUUAUUGCAGAUGUGAUGCAGGAUAUAGUGGUUCAAAAUGUGAAAAAAAAGACUUUAAUGUGUUAUAUGUGGUCCCAGGCCCAGUACGCUUCCAGUAUGUCUUAAUAGCAGCAGUGAUUGGAACCAUUCAGAUCGCCAUUAUCUGUGUUGUAAUCCUUUGCAUCACAAGAAAAUGUCCAAGAAGCAAUCGGAUCCACAGGCAAAAGCAAAACACUGGCCACUACAGUUCAGAUAACACGACAAGGGCAUCAACGCGGUUAAUUUAAAGCACGCAUGUUUCCACAAUGGCAAAAAUACCAGAAGAGACCGUGGACUAGAUGAAUAUUAGUUAAUAAAUGGACAAAAGACCUGCACAUGUUGCCUUGCAUUUGUGGUAAUUUACACCAAUGAAAACGUACUACAGAUAUAUUUGAAUAUGUAUGGAUAUAUUUGAAAUAGUAUACAUUGUCUUGAUGUUUUUCUGUAAUGUAAAUAAACUAUUUAUAUCACAUUAUAUAGGUUUUUUGUUCUUUUUAAUGUAUUUGGUAUAAUAAAUACUCACAAAUGAGAAAUAUUUACUGGCAUUUGAAUACUUGGAAGUUUGUUAGUUUUACAGUAUGUACAAAUGAUGCCCAUAUAACAUAGCAGAACUGGUGUAAAUUUAAUGCAAAUUCUUAUUAAUGGCAAUUAAAACUGUGUUAUUCUUGCUUGUAA